CCCUUAUGCUUUUCCAUGUAGCCAAGAAACGUAGGAAGGAAAACAUUCGAGAGAGCGAGGGAGAGCGACGGGAGGGCGGGGGCGGGCGCGCCGGCCGCGGGUGGGAGGAGAGACGGGAGGCCGGCGGGCAGCCCGGGUCGCCGCGCCGCGACCCGCAGACCCCGCCGCCGCUCGGCCCGGCUCCCACGCCCCCGUGCCCAGCGCGCGCAACUCCGCCGGCCGCCCCGCCCCGCCCGCCGCGCGCUCGCAGCCCCCCGGGGCGGCUGCCCGAGAGAUGCUGGAAGAAACUUCUUAAAUGA